AUAUGGUAUAUAUGACUCUAUGUAGAGAGAGACUCCUACUCCUACCCUACGUGUAUUUAUAGAGUCGCAAAAACACAGUCGAAUUCCGUUUCUAGAGAGAUAAAUAUACACAGACAGGGUCGCAGGGAGUAUCUGAAUCGAAAUAUGAAACUGUGCCGGGAAUUGCGAUUGUGCUGCUGUGGCUCCACGGUCAGAGCGCCGCCGCCGCAGGAGGUGGUGCCACUAACGAGCGCCGCGAACGGUCAUGCUAGUCGUGGCCGGUUAGCGAAAGUUCACUCUUCGACGUCGCAGUGGAAACCGGCGCUCUCAGCCAUAUCCGAAGACGGCGUCGUCUCAGAAAUGGACAGAAACAAUGAACGGGCGGUCAGAUCCGAGAAGAAGCAAUUAGCAAAAAGCAGAUCAAUGCCUAUGACUCGAUCUCCCAGACAUGGCAAUGACUACAGGAAAUCUACCUCGCCAAUGGCACUUCCUGCAUUCUCGCCUACGCCAUUCUUGUUUUGAAGAAGUUUGAUCAGUUACAAGUUCUUCUUUGUGCUUCGUCCAAUCUUGUGCAUAGGAUUUGUGGAUGUAUUUGAUUAUAUGAUUGGAUAAACUUUUGCAAAUGCUAUGGGUGAAAUCAAUGUGAAUAUACUUUUUUGUCCCGAAA